AUGGUAGCAGGCCAACGAGUGGUUGCCAAGCUUCACGACGGCGAAUUCUACUACGUCUGCGCAGCGCCCGCAAGCGUCCGAAGCUGUAUUUAAGAACUGGUCUCCAUUAUACGAAAAUACAGAUCAAGAGCAUAGUAUGAGUUCGUAUUAUACUAAUUCUUAUAUACCUGACCUCAGGAGUCCAGCAGGGGUCGAACAGUACAAUGGACAACAAGUUCACAAUCAACCGAAUGGUGAUUUGUGUGAUCAAGGGCAAAGACAGUAUAUUCAGCCGCAAUAUGCAUCUUCGCCAGUGCAAGGGGCAACUUAUCCUCGUUUUCCCCCUUAUGACAGACUGGAGAUUCGUCCGAUCACCUCGUCGCCUAAUUCACCUAGCCCCCCGGGCCAGUAUUACGGGAAUCCUUGCAACCAAGCACCUCCUGGACCUCCUCUUCCUCAGCCGGCACAUCAACCGCCCCAACAUGCACCUAUGAACCAUCCAAACGCAUAUGUACCGCAGGAUGGACAGAAUAAUUGUCGGGGGUCACCUCAUCACGACCCCAACGGUUCACAGCAUCCAAACAUGUCACCAGCUCAGUAUCCAAGCUGCAAAAUGCAACCUCAACCGGUUCCACACGGACCGCCCCAUCAACAACAAGCUCUAGGUCACGACCCCAACGGGGUGGUCCAUCGACAGGUGAAUUCGGAAUGUGGACCGCCGCCCCCUCCGCCGCCCAAUACCAUGCCCCCGUGCCAAAGUCCGGUUCAGUCCCCGCAACAACCGCCUCCCCAGAUGUACCAGAAUCACGGCGGCCCCCCAUCCAAUCAACAACAAGUUCAACAACAGCAACAGGUUCAACCUCCUCAAGCUGGGAAUAUGCCCAGUCCGCUCUAUCCAUGGAUGAGGAGUCAGUUCGGGGACGAGACCACAGCACAAAAGGAGCAAAGAACUUCAGUGCAUAUCAUCUGGUGUCUUCUUUUGUAUCACUGUGAAAAGAACAUUUGGACAAAAGAAAACAUGCCUGAAAGGGAGGUAAUUGUUACAGCACAGAACAGUCUGUGACUGACGUAACCUCCUCACCCCUUACUAAUUCAGAAAGAAAUUUUCAGCUAAAAAAUUCCCUUUCCCAAGCAUACAAAGUUGGUUGUUCCUAACAGCUCAUUCCUAUAAUGCUUCUGUAAGAAAAUUGGCUUCUGUGUAAUGCUGUUGCCAGUUAUAUAACACUAUAAUGAAGAAAGUGAAGAUGAAAGUGAAGGGUUUUAAACUGUAAUUAAAAAUUGCUAAGGUUUUUAAAAAUCUGUAAACACAUUACUGAAAUUAACAUUUAAAUCAAAAAAUUAUAAGAACUCAUUUUAAAAUUCAAAAUUAAUGUGCAAUGUAUUUUAAUAUUUAAAAUGUGUUAGCCAUCGAAUGUUUUUCAUUAGCGGAUCCUAAUUUAAUGGUUUAAUAUAUCUUUCUGUAGAAAAUUUUGGCAUGUUUUGUCUAAUAACAGAAACGAUUUGGCAUUUAUUUCUGAUGAUAACGAAAAUGCAUAUAUUUUUUCAGUAAGGAUAAAAGUUUUAUAUGUAAAAGGAACUGCUCACUAUAGAUUUAUUAGUUUUAGUAUAAUUUAUUCAUCCUCAAUAUUGUAAAAUUUAAACUGCAUAUUUUCAAAUCAUUAAUUAAUUAAAAAAAUUUUAAGUAAUAACUGGUUCUAAAAGUCUUAAAAUUUAAAAAAGAUAAAGCACUCAAAUUUAAAAUAUGCAAGAAUUACAACUAAAACUUAAAUAUAUAUGUAUAUAUAAAGAGAAGACAUUUUGUGGUCAACCAUGAAAUUUUAAUUCUAUAUAGCUUGAGUGAAAUAAUGUGGCAGUGAUUGGUAGUAUUUUAGUAUUAAAUUCGGUGGCACUUUUAACAAAAUUGAAAUUUAUUCAUAUUUUCGUUUGAAUUAUGGAAGUAGCACAUUGCUUUCCUUACAGUUCGAGAAGAAAGAAGUUCCUAUCCUAACUUUCCUAUGUUAAAAUUUUAAUCUUAAGCUACAAAUAGCUGCCUAAAUUCAAAUGCACAACUAAUUGAACAUCCAAAUGCAUUCUGUAUAAUUAAUAACUUACACGAACUGUAAUACAGCGCAAUAUAAAAUAUUUUCUUCAAGUUCUUUUAUUGAUUUGGUGGAACAAGAGGUAAAUUUUUUCAGCUGGAAUAUUACGCAUUUUGAUCCCAAAUUUCUCCUCACUAUUUCAAUAUCCAAAACUAUCCCUAAAAUCUCUAAUGCUUUUCCCUCUUUGUCAUCAGCCUUACAGCUUUGGUUAUAAAUCUUAACCUGUCUAUCCCGCCUAUUUUUAUUUAUUGUUGACCCCUCUGGUUCCCUCCCUUUUAGCUACUACUCUACUUCAAUAAAGGUGCACCCUUCUGUGUCGCAUUCCCUUUUCCUUUAGGGGUUUCGCCUUCUUUUCAAAUCGGGAAUUCAACACCUGUUAUUUCUGAGAGAAUUACGAAAGACUGUUCAACAAAAGGGCUGCCUUACGUAAAUUACAAAGCGCGGAUGCUACGCGUUGAAUCUAAAUUUAUCUUCUACGCUGAACUAAAUUCAUAGUCAUUUUCGAGUUUUAUUACAGUAAAUGUCGUUCCCAUGGAUAAAAUACGAGCGGUUAGAAUAUGAAUUAGUCGCAAAUUUUAGAUUAAUAUAUCAUAAUAUCACGUCACUCAUAAUAUCACUCAUAAUAUCACGUCAAAUUAAAACUGGAAAACCCCUUAAGCUUAUCGGAUUUAACCGAAGUUUAUUUUUUUCUUGUUUGCAAUAGCAGUGAAUUAAUUUCUUGAGUGAUAUUACUGGAAUUAGUUUUUAGGAGUAUAAUAUUAUAAUGUGCCUAGUAUGUUUUAAAAGCAGAUUUUUUUUAAUUCGCUAAUAAUAAAAAAAAUUGGCAGCGUUGAUUUAAACUAACAUAGAAUGAACUUUUCUGAAAGCUAAGAAUAAUGUUAAUUCAUAAAAUUUCAUUUACCAUGUGUGGUAUUUUUAAAUGAUUUAACAGUAGACAGUCUGCAAAGUAUUUCAUUUGAAUUUACAUCUGCAGACUAUUAUUGUUGUCAAUAUUACAUUUAAUCACUUCGAUUAUAAUUCGUAAAUAUCACAGAACUAUAAAUUAUAAUAUUCAGUGUAUUAUAAAAGAUGACUUCAGAAUAUGUAAACAAUUAGAUAAAUUUUUCGAGUUUUUUUUCUGAUUUUGAAAUAUUGAGGAAUUUUAUUUGAAUACUUCAUAAUGCAUAAUAUUGAGACUAAAUGUUUAUGAAAAUAAAAACUUUACUUACAUGAAUGAUUUCAGUAUGCAUAUUUCGGGAGAAAGUGGCAUUGCUUUCUUUAUCCAGAAUGCCAUUAAGUAUGAUAAAAUGGUCUAUAAUUUAACGAUUUCUAUCAGAUUUCGAAUUAUAACCUGAAGAUUUAAAUAAAAGAAACAAUGCCUAAAUAAUCAACAUGUCCUCAAAAUACACUCAAAAUUCUGUGCAAAUAAGUGUGCACUGAUAAGUGUAAUUUGUUAUGUUUUGUUGAAUAUCAUUUGAGAGGCUGAACCAUUGAUGUUCGUAACGCAAACAUAUCGUAAUUGUAUAUAUAGAAAUACAUUAAAUAUGCAUGUAACUUAUUAAAUAAGUUGUCUGAUGCUGUUUGGCGAUGUAGCUAUCAACCACUUUCUGAUGUAUUUAUUUAAAUUUUGCCCUGUGACAUUUUACUCAAGGGCAUAAAUGAAUUGAAAGUUAAUUUAAUUUAGUGUUAACCCUUUAAAAAUCGCCUACGGUUGAAUCAUUUAACAAUAAAAGUUAACACCUGGAUCAUUUAAUAGUUCUGCAUAUAUGUAAUAUGAAAUGAAACUGUAUGCAUGCAAGCAAACGAAAGUCGUUUGUCGAAGCUUUUCACCCUACAAUACUUCUCAGUCACAUUAUCAACAUCUGAGAAGGCUUUCUUUGGGAAACUUUUAUGCUGGAAACCGUUGAAAACAAUAUGGUAAGAACUAGAGUAGCCACUAAUCUUUUAUCAAUUUAAAGCUGAUUUCAAGCUGAGAAAAGCUCUAAUAUGAUGAAGCAAGCUAUUCAUAUACUUAAUGUACAAUUAUCUUUUAUUUUCUUCAAGUAUUAAAAUGGUGAAAAAUAUUACAGCAGAUUAAAAAUGUGUAAUUACAGUAAUUUAAAUCAUAUUAUAUUAAAUACUUUCCCCUCUAAAGCAGAUCUUUAUUUGCAGUCUACCCGGUGGCGAAAGACUUUUGUAUCAAUAAUUUAUUUCAUCGAAUCAAAUCGUAUUAUUUAGUUUGGCAAGAAAAAAAUUCUUAUGUAUCAACAACAACAUGGGUUAAGCACUUAGAUUGUAUUGAUAUUUUGUUGUUUUUAUGUUGGAUUGUUUAAUUUUGUGAUGAUCUGUAAGCCGAAAAUGCACCUAAUGCCAUAUUUAUAUAGUUAGUUAGCCUUUGAAUUGAUUAUAAAAUGAGAAUAUUUUUAUUUGUAAUUUGCGAUUGUUUUCAUAUUGUGGUUUCUUUUACACUAAAAAUAUAACUUGGAGCAGCUUCUAAUGUAAUAGGUAAGUUGUUUAAAAUUUUUAUUAUAGAUAUUUUCAUUGAAACGCAUUUACACGUUAAGCGCCAAGUGAAUCAUCUAUGAUCGAAUAAUCUGGUGACGAGGUUCCGUUAGUCAUGGGUGACUGACGGUAUAAAAUGCAGCGAUAUUUUAUAAUUUUAUAUUUAAAAAUAAAUGAUAACAUCAUAAAGAAAUGCGUAACUGAAAUUUGUGGAUGAAUAAUACUUUUGUUUAUGUUAAUGAAUCUAAUGCAAUAAGUCAUUUUGCUGAAACAUGUUAAGCAGAGAUUGUUUCAUGUCAAUUACCAUAAAUCGGAUGGGGACGGGGUAGUUCCUUGCUGAUAUCGGGCAGUGUUUCUGUCAAAAUGUUGUAGAUUAUUGUAAUAACAUUUCUUUCAAAAUUUUGACUUCAAAAAAUUUUUCAAAAAUAUUUUCAUUCCUUAUUUGUACUUCCGAAGCUUAAAUAGCUUAAAUUUUGAAGUUUUAUUUUUUUAAUCAGCAUCUAUUAAAUUUCCCUGUAGUUGCAAAGUAAAAAGUUUAUUCUUCUUAAAAAGGGGGGGGGCGGCAUUAGUUUCGAUUUCAUUACUAUAGCGUCGCCAGCUUGAUAGCACGUUAGGCAUACUUUGAAAAUAGCAACUUGGCGCUUAAUACGUAAACAAGUAAUUUUGAAAUAAUUCUCAAAAAGGAUUACGUAGUGCGUUUAGCCAGUUAAAAGGAAGUCUACAUGAUAUUCCUUUCCUGAUGAUAUGCACUUAACAUCAGAAAAGGAAUAUCAUAACUUAACAGCUAACCUUUUUAAAAAUGGUUGAAGCUAUUGUUACCAUGUCAAAUUUCAAGAAUUGUGGAGAAUUCGUCAAUAGUAAUUUGAACGUAUAUGUUGUACUAAAUGAUACAUUUGUAUUCAAGAAAGUAAUCAGUCUAGAUUCUGAACAUUAUAAAGUGAACACUUAAAAACUACUAUAUUUAUGGGCAUGAUAUGGUGCAGGGCAUUAUAUUACAUACCAUGUGUGUGUUUCAACUCGGUGAACGAUUAAGCAUUACUUGCUUACUUUUGUGUCAAAACUUUUACAGGUUUCGAUGCCAGUUUAUACUUUGUUUAUUUGUUAUUACUGGUUCCUCAAAAGUGAUUUUCAUGUUUUGAAAUUCAUGAUUUUAUGAAAUGUUCCUGAUGUCAACUCGAGAGUUCUGCCGCGUGCUUAGAAUUUCAAGUGUUCAUUCCCUCAUUUAGAUGUAAGUAGUGGAGGAAAAAAAAAUCCAACUUCUACUUAAAAGUAUUUGUCAUGUUGAUAUCAUUCACUUGUAGGAUACAGUGUUGUAUAUCAUUAUUUUAUGUUUUAUUUCAUGUGUCUUUAGUACAAUUGUGAAAAAAUUCAAAGAGUGUGAUAAACAACAUUACUGUAGUUUCUUUGCCCUUUAAUAAACUCUUUGUCUAGUA